AAAGUACAUUGUAGAUGUCAACUAUAAUUUUUCGAAAACAGAGCUUGUAUGUUUAUAUUUAGUAGUGACCUAAAUUUCAAACAAUCGAUAAUAUUAAACGUGAAAGUCUUUAAAAAGAGGAUAACCUGGUUAUUUUAAAUUUUCUGAUAGUGCCUAUAGGUGUUUACUACCAUAACUCUUGACAGAUGGCAACAGCAAAAGAGGACGGAGAUACGAUGGCAGAUGCAAAAGAAGACGGAAAUACGGACGAAGCAUUAGAGUUCUUUUGUGGUCCUUGUAAGAACGAGGAUGAGCAUGAAGUUCCUGUCAGUUACUGUGAAGAAUGUAAUGAAUAUCUGUGCAAGCAUUGUCACAAAGCCCAUAAACGACUGGCUGCUACAAGAAACCAUGUGGUUCAAGAAAAUGCUGGACUCCUUGCACAACCUGUUGUGAAAAACUGUUCAAAAGAAUUUUCUGAAAAAUGUACUGCGCAUCCCAGUCAGGUGAUUGCUUAUUACUGUGUAUCACACAAUGAGUUUUGUUGUCCACAAUGCCUAUCUUUGGGCCACAAAGUCUGCAAAGAUGUCAAAAGUGUCACUGAUUAUUUCAACGAUUUUGACGUGCAUCAAGAAGAGAACAAGUUAAAAUGCAAAAUGCAUACACUUUGUGAUGAAGUUUCAAAAAAGAUGACCAAAGUUCAGAGUAGCAUAAAGGCUAUAGAAAAUUGUCACGAAGUAGCUCAGAAAGAAAUGUUAGAUGCAAAAUGCAUGUCUAUUGAUCACAUUGAAAACCUAUAUAGUUCACUUACUGGGAAACUUAAUAAGAUGAGAGAAGAAGAUAUGAAUAAGAUUGUCCCAUAUAGACACAAAUGCAACGCCGUUUUGUUUGACAUGAACACAUUGGAAUCUUACUUCAAAGAAAAGACUAAGUAUAGUAAGAACCAACUGUGUUUUGCUAUUAAGAAGGCCGAUGCAAAGGUAGACAUAAACUUCCAUGAAAUGUCAGAGGUAAACUGUAGUGAACAUUUAAAUUUUACUAGGUACAAGUUCAUACCUAACGAAGCCAUAAAAAAUAUACCAACACAAUUGAGCUCUUUCGGGUCACUUGAUAUUCAGAAUAAUGUAAUUAAGUCUGCUGUAGAAAUUAAAAGUUUGCACACCAAAGAUGUGACUGAUGGCAAGAACUGUUGCAUUACAGGGCUUGCUUUGAUAGCAGAUAGCAAAAUUGUUCUGACCGACUUUAGCAAUUCAUCCGUGAAGCUUAUUGAUACUGAUGAAGAUAAAGUGAUAUCAAAAUUGAAAGUUAAGUCAGCACCAUGGGAUGUCACUUGUGUGUCUAACAAUAAAGUAGCUGUUACUGUCCCAGAAAAGAAAAUUAUUGAAUUGUUAACGAUCGACGAAAGUUCAAAAUUUUCACUCAAACAAAGCAUUACAUGUACAGGCAAAUGCUACGGGAUAACAAAGAGUAAAGACAAACUUUUAGCUAUUGUAAUUGAAAAGGAUAAUACAGCUAAAUUACAGCUAUACGAAUCAGAUGGUACGAUUCUCUUAUCGGUUUUAGUUGAUAACAAAAAUCCGCAAUAUGUUGUAUGUGAUGAUGAUCGUUCAAGGAUAUAUAUCUCCGGUAAUUCUCGACAUACGUACGUGUAUAUCGUAGAACUCUCAAGUGAGGACUUCAGAAAUUUAGACCGAUUGAGGUCAUGUAGGUAUGACGUAAUUGGUAUGGAAAUAGACAAUACUGGGGUUUUGUACUAUUGUAAUUCGAACUAUAAUGAAAUAGGUGCAGUCAAAUUAGACGAAAAAGAAGGAAAUGAAAGGAAAGGACAAAGUCUCAUUUCAGGUAUAAAACCUAAACCUAAGUGUUUAGCAUUCUGUAAUGAGACCAGUCGACUUUUUGUCGGGUUAGAUGGAAAUGAAAUAAAGGUUUAUGUUGUGUUUUAA